GCUCCAAACGCGUCGCUGGCGGCCGUGCGUCCACCCGACAGACUUCGGGUCAUGGAGCCGCACGCGGGGGGCGUCACGGACCCUAGGGGGAGCAGAGGAGGCCGGGGCCUUUCCCUGCCCGCGGGACCCAGAGCCCGGCAGCUCCUGGCGCGGCUGGACGCGCGCCCCCUGGCGGCCCGAGCUGCGGCCGACGUGGCGGCGCUGGUACGCAGGACGGGCGCCACAUUGCGCCUGCGCCCCAAGGCCGCCAUUAGUGUGCUAGAUUCUGCCGACAUAGAGGUUACAGACAGUCGCCUACCUAAUGCCACUUUUGUGGAUCACCGGCCCCAGCAUCACCGGUCAGAGACCUUGGGUACAGGUACCGCACCGCCCCAAGUGAUCCAGAAUAAGGUACGUUCUACUUCGAAGCCGCUCCAGGCCUCUGGACGGUUCUAUGUGGAACUGGUUCGCGGUUCCGCAGGCUUUGGCCUCACAUUAAGCGGAGGCCAAGAUUCAGCCGGGGAUACUCCUCUGGCAGUGCGUGGGCUGCUGAAGGAUGGGCCGGCACAGCGCUGUGGUCGCUUGCAGGCCGGGGACCUCGUGCUCCACAUCAACGGAGAGCCAACGCAGGGCCUCACCCAUGAGCAGGUGGUGGAGCAGAUUCGCGCAGGCGGACCCCGUCUCCGCCUUGUAUUAAGCAGGCCCCUUGAAACCCACCCCGGCAAGCCUGAGGGGAUGGGAGGGCCUCAGAAAGGAGAUGAUCGCAGGCCAGAUCCUGGUGGACCAGAGGUGAUGAAGUCUCGCAGCGCCAGCGCUUCCCCACGUCAGCACCCGCUAUCCCGUACUACGGCCCAAACCCAGGGCAGCCCAGAACCUAGCCCAGAACCUAGCCCAGAGGGGGCAGCCGACUGCCCCGCGGUUCCUCCACCUGAGCGCCGCACAGAGGACCCUGAUGACCGAACCCCAGGUUCCCCGGGACCCUGGCUGGUGCCGAGUGAGGAACGGCUCUCGCGGGCCCUAGGGGUCCCAGGGGCUGCGCAGCUUGCUCUCGAGAUGGCAGCUGGGAGGCGGAGGCACUGAGCAUGUAACAGAGGGUUUAGUGCUCCCUUGGUACAGCCCAACCUGUAUCUGGCGUGCCCCGCCGGCCGCACACUAGCAUCGCUAUCAUGGGCGGGGAGAGCUUCCUCUCUGUGUUGUCUCACCCUGCCUCCUGCUGAGCAGCAGACCAGCUCAUGCUCCCCUCGAGGUGUCAGUGGUACAGCCCAACCGGACGGGCCAGACCAGCGCUUCUGGUUUCGAGCGGGGGUGGUAAUAAAAUGGUUCGACCCAG